CCUUGCCUCUUUUAGUUUUGGAAAUUGUCCGUACGAAUCAAAAACCGAUUCCUUCCCCCAUCUCAAUCCGUUACUCCUUCCGGAAAACCUGCAAUUCCCUGUUCGAUUAUCCAAUUUCAGUCUCAAAAUUGAUUUUGUUGGAGCGGAAGAAUGGCGCCGUCUCGUUCAUGGUGUUCAUUCUCUGUAAUGCAGGUUUGAAAACUGAGUGCCUGAAUACGCAGCGUCUGUUUUUGCAGUGAAAGAUAUUUAUCUGUCGAUUUGUCUGGAAUCGUCUGCUUUAGCCGCCUUAUCUAGGGUUUAUUUGGUUUGACGUUGUGGAUUUAUCAAAGGAAAGAAUUGGAGGUUUUAGGUAACUAAGCAGGGGAGGUGUUCGAUUGAAUCGAGUUUUGACUUUCUGUUUCAUUCAAAGUCUACGCUCGCAAUACGUUUUGAUCUGGUUCGCUGUCGUGUUCGAGCGGUUGUUUAUGAUUUUAUGAAUUUAUUUGAGUGUUGGAUGUUUUGAAAGUUUGGUGGAGGUUAAGAUUAGUGAAGCUGAAGGUAUGUCUAGAGGAGUAAGAUAUGCUGGAGCAGACAGAAUGGCUAGGUCUCCACCUCGCGUGCCGCUGAGGGGACGCGAUCGAGGGUUUUCUCCUCCGCGAAGGGAUAGAGACCGGCGUUACUCACCUAGAAGCGAUCGUUAUGCGCUGACAUCACGAACUCGGAAGCAUGAUUAUUCCCCAUCAAGGUUAGACGAGCGUGAUUACUUGCCCCCUAGGGCACGGGAGCACUGUUACUCGCCACCCAGGGCACAAGAGCACCAGUACUCGCCACCAAGGGCACAAGAGCGGGCACAAGAGCGCCAGUACUCGCCACCAAGGGCACGGGAGCGCCAGUACUCCCCAUCCAGGGCACGGGAGCGUCAGUACUCGCCAUCAAGGGCACGGGAGCGCCAGUACUCACCAGCAAGGGCACGGGAGCGCCGCUACACACCACCACCGCCAUCAAGUGCUCAAGAUCAGAAGCACUCACAAGCACCUAGACUGCCCAUUCGCGAUUAUUUGUCACCUAUGAGGAGUCAGAACCGUGAGUUUAUGCCCAAUGGGAAUUUGAAUGAAGCAGAUGGGCGGCGCGGGGAGUAUUUCCAUGAACUUGAAAGGUCAAGGAGGAUGGAAAAGACCUAUGGUGGACCGGACUUUGGUGAACUGAAGGGUGUGGAUUCUUCAAAUUAUGGUGGAGUAGAGAGAUGGUAUGGGCAAUCUCAAAGUUUGAGACACCAUGGAACUGAUGGUCGAAAUGGAGGGCGGCAUGAUGGGCCUCCAAAUUCUAGAAGAAAAUAUGAAUUUAGAGAUGGCCUGAGGGCAACACAUGGAGAUUCAACUUCAUUGAAAUAUCAGUUCAGUAAUCUAGAUGAUCCCCGAAAAUCUGAUGUUUUGGAUGACCCCGUUGAACAUGGGUUUAGUGGUGCCAGAGUGAGUAGUGAGCUAGGUAAUGAGGGGAGGCCAUACUUGGGUCUAGCUGACAGUAGAUCUGUCCCUUUGGAAGUUGAUAGAAGGCUUCGUUCAUCAUAUGAACCACCACCUUUGGAUAUUGGUGUUCCAGCAAGAAGUUCUGGCUUUGGUGAUGCUGGUAGCUAUGCAUUGGGAUCACAUAAUUUCCGUAUGAAGCUUCAUAGAGCAGAACAGAAUCCUUUGCAAGGCACACUAAAUUUAGAUGAAUUGCCAACAGAGAGACAAGGGUUGAGAGAUGCAUAUAUGGAGACCAGCACCCUGAACUCAUUACAUAAUUCAAAGUAUGAUUCCAGUUACAUGGCAUCAUCAUCUCACCUAAAUGCAUUUUCCUGCAGGUCACCCGCUACAGUGAGAAAUGGCAUUGAUAGUUCAUUUGGAGAAAACAUCCAUAUUCCUUCAGAUGGAAUUGAAACAUGCAUGGGAAGGUUGUGUGAACCUAUGGGAUGUGGUCAAAAUUCAGGUAUCAGGUCGCCUAAAGGGCAAGUAGAUGAUAAUGGGAUUUAUCUGCAGUCAUACUUUGCCCAGACUGAAGAAAGGCAUGGCAGUCGCAUGUAUUCAGACAUUCAUGGCACCAAAGCAAUACCUAAUGAAUUUUAUAGGAAGAAUGUGGGUGUUAGUGAAGAGUACAACCACCAGGAUGCUUCAGGAGCAAGUUUUAUGGAUCCUAAUUAUGAUGAAUUAUCUCACCAGGAGAACAUGAUAGGGGGCAAGCCAUGGGAUUAUAUUCCUUCUAAACAAGGGCAGUCAACAUUGGGUUACUUUGGGGCAAGUGGUGCACUGGAGAAAAGAGAGCAAGAGAUGAAAAUUUUGGAAUAUGAAGGUAAUAACCCUGACUAUGAGAGGGUACUAUAUAAGGGCCAUAGAAGUCCUUGCAUGCUUCAUAAUAAUGAGAUGGAUGAACAUCCAUGCACUUUUCAGGAAAGAUCUGACGUACUAUACAGAGAUAAUAAUCCUCAUUUAGAUGAAAUGAAUGAUAGUAUUCAGCAAAGAUUGAUUGAUAAGAACCAGAUAUUGCCUAAAUCAUCUACCAGUAGGUUCAAGAGGAAAUAUGGUAAAGAUAGGAAGCUGAGCAUUUGUGGUGAUCUUGGAAUUAUCUCUUCAAGUAAUGGAAGGAAUGCUCAUAGACAAGGAGAUAAUGCUGAUAUUUAUUUGGAGGGAGAUAAAUAUUCUGUAAGUAUUUCAAAAAAGUUGAAGGUUAAUCACUCCAAAUAUGGGAAGAACAGAAGGAUGUCUACAACCAUGGCAAGUCGGUUGAGCAAAACUAGUAAAUAUGGAAAUAGAGAUAUCAAGAAGCGGUUGGGACCAUAUCCUCAAGAUGUUGAUGCUACGCAUUCUUCAGUGAAGAAGUAUUCUUCAUUGAAACAUCGUCUAGGGCCUCCCCCUCGAAAGAGCCAUUCUACUCUUCCAUGGCUGAAAAACCUCACUUCCUACAAGGUGUCUGAAGAUCUUAAUGAUUUAGAUGAAAGUUUACCUGAUCAAAGGGAUGAUUGUUUGGAAAGUAGUGUUACCCAGCAGAAGAGCGAACCACUAGAGAAUUUAGAGGAUUUUAAGCAAUUGGUCGACAAUGCUUUCUUCAAGUUUGCCAAGCACUUAAAUGAGACUCCAGCUAGAAGAACAAAAUACAGGAAUCAGGGAACAUCUAGUUGUUUAAAGUGCAUUAUAUGUGGCAGAGAUUCCGAAGAAUUUGGAGAUGUCGAAAGUUUGGUGAUGCAUGCAUUAACAUCUUCAAAGGCUGGUGUCCGAUCACAGCAUUUCGGUUUUCACAAAGCGCUGUGUUUGUUGAUGGGUUGGAAGAGUGCAGAGGCUCCCAACUCUGCAUGGGUUCACAAAGUACUGCCUGAAGAUGAAACCUUGGCUCUUAAGGAAGACCUUAUCAUCUGGCCUCCUGUUGUUGUCAUUCAUAACAUUACCAUAACCAACAGCAAUCCCGACGAACGUGUUGUUGUAUCUGUAGAAGAGCUGGAAGCUAAGCUCAGAGAUAUGGGUUUUGGAGGCAAGGUGUGUCGUGGGAAACCAGGAAAUCUUAGCGUUCUGGUGGUUAAGUUUGCUGCCACUCUUACUGGUUUGCAGGAGGCAGAGAGACUCGGUAACUUGUAUGCAGAGACAAAACAUGGGAGGGCCGAGUUCGAGCAAGUUAGCACCGGGAGCUGUGUUAGUAACGAACAAGUCCCCUCGGCAGACAAGAUGGAGGAGAUUCUGUAUGGCUACCUGGGAAUUGUGGAGGACCUAGAUAAACUUGAUUUCGAGAGCAAGAGACGAAGUAAGUUGAAGAGCAAGAAGGAGAUCCAGAGCAUUUCUGUGGCACCUUGAAGAAGAAGAAGAAGAAGAAGAAGAGUGGUUCAUGGAACAGGAACCACGUAGUCGGCUAUAAGAGAUUUGGGUUUCUAUUUGGUUUUUGUUUUUUGCUUAUACUACGGAGUAGUUUGAAACUGGAAAAAGCCUUUAAUUAGAUGCUGUAGUUCAGCUUCUGCAACUUGCAUACAUUUUAAUGCAUUACAAAUUCCUAUUCUCUAAA